ACACCACACCACACCACACUGUACUGCACAGCACUGCACUACGCCCAACAGACAGACAGACAGACAGACGAACUACCGGCUACUUCAUAUUUUUUUACGAAAAGAAAGAUUCAACGCUAUUUUUCUGUACUUUUAACACCACAGCAAAAUUUCUCUUUAUUUCUUCAAACCAAUUUACAACAUGAAGCGGCGGCUUUCGUUUGUUUUCAAGCAGCUGAAGCGCAAAAUCGUGGUUAGCAUCGCCGGCGAUGCCAACCCGCAGCGGCAGGCGGUCGUCAGCCUGUGCCUUCUGGCCCUGACGGAGCUCGCGCUGCUGACGCUGACGUUCUGCACAAACUUUUUGUCGGCGUACAUCCACAACACACUGGAGGUCUUCCACAACUUUCGGCUGCGCUCCCUGGCCAACGCGCAGAAUAUUGUUGCAUUCGAGCGGAGCACGGGGCUUUUCUUCGAGCAGCGGCUGCAGCAGUGGCACGAGACGCAUCUCGCGUGUAACGAGGGCGCUGCGUCGCCGUCGCUGUCGCCGUCGCCAUCGCCGGUUGCCGACUACGUGCCGCUGGCGUCGGGGGACUCGCCGUACUAUGCACCGGAGGGCGCCAGCGCCGUCGCGUUUGGCGACCUGUCGCCAGCGCAGCAGUACCGCUUCUUGCGCGCCGUGUGGGUGCUGAGCGCCUGGGUGUCCUUCCUCGGCUUCCUGUUCAUCCCGACCAUGCCCCCGCGUCUGCUGCCGGUCUGCGACUUCCUCAACGCCCUGGGGGCCAACGUCGGCGCCUGCCUGACCAUCGACUUCUCGUUCAUUGACUCCAUCGGCGCACACGGCUCGCUGCUGUGGGACUGGAACGACGAGGCCGUCAAGACGCUCAACAACCCCUACGCCGCGUUCCCCUCGCAGCACACCAUCUUUGCCGCAUGGUGCGCCAUCGCCUGGAUCAAGCUCAUCGGCCCUGCGUCGCCGGCGCUUUCCGUGUCGUCGUCGGCCUACUGGCUGCGCGCGCUGAUGCGGUGGGCUAUUCUGCUGUACCCCAUGGCCACAAUCUACUGCAUCGUCAUCACCGCCAACCACUACAUCUCGGACGCCUUGGGUGGACUCGUGGUGCUGGCCUUCUCGUAUGCGCCGUCACCUAUACUACACGCUCCGGACGCGCAGCUUCUCCGCCAGCAAGCGCGCUCUGUUCCGUCAACCCUGCCUUACUGAGUGGCGCAGCACGGCCCACUAAUACACUUACACAGGCCGCCUGUGCCGUCAUAUUACAUUGUUAUUUUUACUUUUACUUUUAUACUUGGUAUUUUUAUGUUUUGCGUCUUUUAAUAUCCUUGCACUCUUCUCUCUUCUAAACAGACACACAAAACACAGUAGCAAACAGUACACAAUGGUGUUUAACUAAACGCGUUGGUCAAACACCAUUGUGUACCGUUUGCUACUGUGUUUUGUGUGCUUGUGUUCUUUGUUCUUGUUCUUUGUUUUGUGCACAGACACAAUGUCCUGCGGCCACAAUGGCGCCAUUUGUCUGGACGCGCUGUAUUCGCUUUAGCAGACCAAAAUGAAAAAUAAAAGAACAGCAAUUGUGUCGCACAAUUGCAUACUGCUUGUCUCGUCGUCGCUGUAUCUGUUGCAUACAUUGCCGUUGCUUUUAUUGAUGUUGUUCCGUGGAGCUGUGUGGAUGCAGUAGUGGUUUUCUGACAGGCACUCUACU